CUUUAAAGUGAGAAUUCUGACUUUAAUCUCAGAAUUCUCACUUUGUGACGUUGAGCAAUGAAUUGUGGGACGGGAAACGUCAGAUCGCUGUGUAGCUGUGAAGAGACAACAUGUCAUCGACCAGUGACUUUUUGCGCAGUCGAGGAGUUUCAGAGGACAUCAUCUCACUUAUGGAGGAGCAGAGGAUAAAGUGACUGAUGGAGGCUACAACUCACACAGUGGCGGCUGAAAAGCCAGAUUUGGAUGACUUCAUCAAGCUGUGCUUUAGACUUUCACUCAGCAAUAAAGAAAUACUGGCAGUAGUGGCACAUCAUGCUCAGACUGUCAUGAGUAUUCGGACUCUGAAGAGAAUAUGCCGAAGACUUGGUUUGUAUCGAAGAAAGAACCAGUCAGACCUGGGAGAAGUGUUGGCUUUUAUCCAGCAAGAGAUCAUGACGAGUGGGCAGAUGCAAGGUUAUCGAUGGCUUCAUCUACGAGCAAUUCAGAAAGGAUUUGUUGUGUCACAAGACACAAUACGGCAAAUUAUAAAAAUGAUUGACCCCGUUGGUGUGGAAUUAAGAAGAGCACGACGCCUACGAAGACGGCAAUACAGCUGCAGAGGACCAAAUGCUGUUUGGCACAUGGAUGGCUAUGAUAAAUUGAAACCCUAUGGGAUUGGCAUCCAUGGCUGCAUUGACGGGUUUAGCCGAUACGUAUUAUGGGCAGAGGCCUACACCACAAACAAUGAUCCGAAGGUGGUUGCAAGUUACUUUAUUAAAACAGUUUCACGCAUUGGUGGAUGCCCAGAAAGGAUCCGUGCUGACAGGGGCACAGAAAAUGGCCAUGUUGAACAGAUGCAAAUGUUUUUGCGAAGAAACCACUCAGAUAGCUUUGCAGGGGACAAAAGUUUCCUUUAUGGAAGAAGUACCGCCAAUCAGCGCAUUGAAGGAUGGUGGACCACCCUCCGUAAACAGAGUGCACAAUUCUGGAUGAAUUUAUUUCAAACUCUUCAGGAUGAUGGUCACUUCACAGGAAACUUUCUGGAUAAAAGCCUCAUCCAGUUCUGCUUUCUCAAUCUGAUGCAGGAUGAGCUGGAUGAAGUUGUGAACACAUGGAACUCCCACAAAAUAAGAUCAAGGUUGACCGGUGAUGCAGCUUCAGGUCGGCCAGUCGUCAUGUAUUCAUUCCCUGCCAUUCACAGUGCUGAGGAUCGACUGAAAUCUGCUGAAAUGGAAGAGGUCAUUGUAUGUAUGGAAGAGUGCAUGCCAAAAGCCCCGUUUCCUUGUGAUGAAACUGUUUUUGAGCUGUGUUGUCUGCUCAUGGAGGAAAAUGAAUGGCAUGCUCCAUCAGAUCCAUUAGUUGCAAGUGAUUUGUACAUUACAUUGAGGGGAGAAAUAUUGAAGAUUGUAUGACAAGUCUAUUGAUGUAAUAUUUAUUAAAACUUCGGCAUCUAACUGUGUCAUUAAGAGAAUGGAUUCUACACAUUUUUUGUCCUUUGAGUUUACGUAUUGUGAUUUUUCACACGACAUUUUAAAUGUAUUUUCUGUAAGUCACAAAUAAAUAAAAGGGCAUUAAACAUUUCACCUGAGUUGUGAUGAAUCUAUGUAAAACUUCACCUACCAAAAUGAGUGACAGAAAAUAUUUUCCUGUGUAUUAAUUCGCUGUCUACAAUGUCGUUUUUUUAGUUUCGAUUGGUUCCAUAAAUAUUUUUGAAGUACUAUGUAUUGCAAAAAACAUUUUACAAAACAUAUGAACAACAUUAUGAGACCCUUCAUAUUUACACACUUAAUAAACACUCAGGUGAAGACAGAAAUACAAAGUUGUAGAAGAGUGAGUUUAUUGAAUGCAAUAAAAUAUUACUCUUCAUAGUAGCAGCAUGGUAUAUAUCCAUAUAAAACAAUGCAGCUGCUGAAACAACUUCCCAAUAGUAAGUAUAACAUCUUAGGCUUUCUUUUAAAUGAAGCCCAUGAACUUUUUAGAUCGUUAUAUUCCUCUAGUUAAGGGUGCAAAACAAUUA